AUCGUGAAAAUUGAAAAGAGAAAAAAUGGCUACAACACUAUUAAUAAGUGUGUUUGUGUUGGUGAAUUUGAUUGGACAAUCUCUCCAACAUGGUCGAAUGAUGGAUCCGGUUCAAAGGUCAUCAAUGUGGAGAAAAGGUUUCAAUACGCCACCAAAUUAUGAGGACACUCAAUUGUACUGCGGGGGACGUGAUGCAAUUCAACGACUUGGCGGAUUGUGUGGUGUAUGUGGCGACCCCUAUGAGGCGGAUGUUCGUGAAAACGAGGCUGGUGGGGCGUUCGCUAAUGGUAUCAUCGUACGAUCGUAUCCGAUUGGGACGUCCAGAAUCCGUGUAACCAUUGACUUGACAGCUUAUCACAAGGGAUAUUAUGAGUUCCGGAUCUGUCCCCACAAUAAUGUCACGGCUCCGGUUACCCAGGAAUGUUUGAACAAAUAUCUACUUCCUGUCGCAGAAGCGGACGUCGACCAAGGCGAGCCUACCAGAUAUUACCCAGAGUCUGGUGGCAUGCAUGAACUUACUCUGUUCCUUCCUCGCGGAAUAUCCUGCUCACAAUGUGUGUUACAGUGGCGGUACCGAACAGGAAACAGCUGGGGUGUAAACAAAGAAGGCCGUGGGUGCAUAGGUUGUGGAGUACAGGAGGAAUUUCGUAACUGUGCAGAUAUUAGUAUAGGAUCCGAAACCUCCGUUGGGGACGUCGCGACGAGACCAAAACCACUUCCAGUUACAACGAUGCGUCCAAGACCUCCUGUCAGACCUAGAACCAUACCAGUCACUACUACUACCACAACGCCGAGUACAACCACAGCACGUCCUCAACAGCAGCGCCCGGAUGUAAAUCGGGCGGGAUUAAGAGACCGAUGGGGGCGACCUCUACCCAAUACACGUCCUCAGCAAGAUAGAUUCCCGUCAAUAGAUAGACGCCCGUCACCAGUUGUACGACCUGUCUCAAACAGACGGCCUUCACCAGCAAUGAAAAGACCCGAACCACGUGACCCGUUCAGGAGACCAACGAGGCCUAUUUGGAGGAGACCAGGUAUACCUCGUUCCCAACAUAGAAUAGGAUCACGACAUAACCCAAUUAUACAGGGAUUAGAUGUCAUGGCAGAAAGUCGACAACCUUGGGGAGACCGCUCGUUUGUUAACGUUAGACCGGCAACCACAACACCGACCCCUGUUAGGGCGACGAACAUUGGUCUUGAUUGGAACGCUGUACUGCAACUUAAUCUGGAACAGUUGAGGACAUUUCUGGGCAGACUACGCAUGCUCCAGUUCCAGACACCGUUCCGGUCUUCAAGAACACGUACACCAACACAAACUCAUUCUUUUGAAAAUCGUCUUUUUAUGUCACCAGAGAUGCCUAUGUCGGAUCAGAGUAUGGCCUUCCGAGCAUCUGAUAAUACCAUAACGGUACCUGGAGACGCGAACGAGGCAGGCGCAAGUGUAACCCGACAGGAAACGGAACCAGUCGACAUAUACAUUAAUAGGUAUAAUACACUCAGUUCUGGGGCUCUGGAGGCCAGUGACGACCCUAAGGAAGCUUGGUAUACUAGCGUUGUUGCUGACAUGAAAAGGAAAAACAACGCUGGAGCUUCUGAGAAUCUCCUUUAG